GCGACCUACGCUCCCGUCUUCGCUGCCGCACCCAUCGCCAUCGCCAUCGGCAUCGCCGACGCUUGCGCACUGUUCCAUUGCAUACGCCGCCGGGUUUUAGCUUGGGAAAUCUGCGCAGCCGCCGCAAGUCGUUGCCGCAAUCCUCGGCCUCUCCCACCGCGUCGUCGUCGACCCGACCGCGCCUUUCGAGGUAUCGCCGUGUUGCGCCGUGCCAUUGCGGCUGACCCAGCUCAGCUUGCGUCGAUCCGUGUGCCGAGACGCCACCAUGUCCGAUAUCGAUGAUGAAUUGCUUGCGCUGGCCGGUGGCGAUGUGUCGUCGGGCGAGGAGGAAGAGCCGAUGGAUAUGAGCCGAGACGAGUCGCGCUCGCCAGCGCCAGCGCCAGCGCCAGCGUCGUCCAGGGAAAAGGAUGCGUCAGCGCGGGGUGUGGCCGUCAAGAAGACGGCGGCCAAGAAGAAGGGGCGCGCGAGCAGGAGCGACGAUGAGUCCGAAGACGAGGGACAGGCCUCUUCGCCGCCCGCUUCACCAAGCUCGCAAAUGUCCGCUCCCAUGGACGAGUCGGAUUCGGAUUCCGAUGCCCCUCAGAACCGCGCCCGCAGUGCCGACGAUGAAUCGCCAUAUCCAAUCGAAGGCCUCUUCAAGAGCUAUGAGGAAAAGGCCCGCAUCAUGAGCAUGCGCGAGAUCGAGCGCGAGCAGAUCUUGGCCGAGCGUAGGGAGGAGAACGAGCGUAUCCGUCAGAACCGCAUGCUGCGCCAGCUCAAGGUGAACCAAGAGAAGGACAGCAAGAAGCGCAAGGCAAGCGCCGCCGAUCUCGAAGAUGCCACACGCAAGCCGUCCCGCACUCGCACAAAGGCCGGCGAGAGCAGCGACAAGAUGGACACGCUGCGCCGCGCCCGCGAGGAGCGCAGCAACCGCAAGGAACAGAGGGAGCGUGAGAACGACCGCCGCAGGCACCGCUCUCCCUCAUAUCGCCGCAGCCGCAGCCCCGACGACAAUCACAGCGACAAUGACUGGCGCAGAGACUCCAGGCGGAAAUCGGGAACGCCUGAUUUCAAAGAAGCCCCUCCUGCUGAGCUUCGUGACGUUGAGCGCGUUCGCCUCGGCCGGACCCGCUUCGCUGAGGUCUGCUUCUACCCCGGCUUCGAGGAGGCCAUCACGGGCUGCUACGUCCGUAUUAAUAUCGGGCCUGAUCCCACGACACGGCAAGACGUCUACCGCAUGGCCGUCAUCAAGGGUUUCACCCAGGGUCGGCCAUACGCCAUCACCGACCGCAGCGGGCAUCAAAUUGUCGUGGAUAUGUACGUCAAGGCCGCCCACGGCAAGGCCCAGAGGGAGUGGCCCUUCAUCACCUGCUCUGACAAGGCCUUCACCGAAGCUGAAUGGAACCGGUAUAAGCAAGUCUGUCUCUCGGAAGGCAUUCCGGUCCCUACCAAACCCGAGCUGGUCGCCAAGAUUGCCGACAUCAACGGCUUGAUCGAGCGCACCUGGACUGAUCAGGAGGUGUCCGAGAAGCUCAAGCGCCAGAACGCCCUGCACAUCAAGUACAGUGGCAUCGAGCGCGACAACGUGGCCAAGCAGCUCGAACUGGCGCGCGCCCGCGGCGAUGAGGCGGCCGUCGCCCGCCUCCAAGAGAAGCUUGACAACCUCGAAGUCCCACGCCUCGCCUUCCGCACCCAACUCAACUCGACCAAGAAGAGGGCCGAGAACCGCGGUCCGACCCAGCAGGAGAAGCUGGCCAUGCUCAACGCCGAGAACCGGCGCAAGAACGCCGAGGCCGUCCGAAAGGCUCAGCUGCUGGAGCGCGCCCGUGCCCGCGAGGCCGAGGCGCGCCGUGCCGCCGAGGGCAGCGGCGUCAGCACGCCCGUCGCGAAUGGCAGUGGCAGUGGCAGUGGCACUCCCAAGGCGGGACACUCGGCUGAGUUGCUACCUCACAUCGCCAAGCUGCAGGAACAGCAGCGCAGCCAGGCCAAGGCGGGCGUGCCGGUCAUUCACAAGCCGCUUAUGGACGACGACAUCAUUGGCGCCCUAGAUCUGGAUAUCGAUGUUGAGAUUGAUUAGCCUUUGACUCAGCCCGAGUUGCUUUCCGAGAUCGAGGGCCCUGGCCGUGUGAGAGAAGGAAGGGGAGAGCGAUGGUCGAGGGUAUGCUGGAAGACGGCUGCAUGAUGCGUGCUGUAGUUAACAGCUACCGCCGGGCUUAAUGCUGGUGUUGCUGUCAAGGCGGCAUCCAACCACAAGGAGAUGUUUGCGUUGGUCACCUUACGUCGGCGCAGCAGGGAAGACAAAAAUGGCAUACUCGUUUUCUAUGUGCAUGUCACGUUCAUAAAUGGUAACCAUCGCCUACUUGACUCUUCGUCACGGAUUGAGAGGGUCUUAGAACAAGCUGGACUCUCGAUCCUCAUAAAAGGCCUACUUACGUUAGUGAUAAGCAGCCAGACUAUACAGAGUCGCCCGAAACAAAAGGACAAAAAAAUAUCAGUCCAGAUCAUCAUC